AUGUCAAAUAGAAAUUCCUUAGAGGCUAACAUUACUAAUAUAAUUUUUAACACCUGUCAAAUUAUUGUUUCUAAAAUUAAUGAUACAAUUGGAUUUACACCGCAUUUUGUUUGUGAGAUUAAUGGCCCUUACUAUCCAUAUUUUAGAAAAUUAAUUAAUUUAGUGAAUCCCAAACAAUCAAAAAGAAUACAUUUACAAUUAUAUGCGCUGAAAAUAAAUAAUAAUUCAAAAGAAAUCAAAUCACAUAAAUAUGUGGAGUUUUCAAAAGAAACUGUGCUUGAAUACGGGUUAAAAAAUGUUAAAACACCAUCGGUUGAAGAGAUAAUAGAAGUUAAAAAAUUUCAAUACUCUUUAACGAAUAGAGCUAACAAUAAAGAAUUAAAAACAAUGGAAAAUCAAACAAAGUAUCAUUCCUUCGAUGAAAAUAUUGUUAAAUAUAACAACAAUACUCGUUUUGAGUUACAUUUCCCAUAUCCUGUCUCUAUAGAGCCAUCCCUUGAUAUAAAGGAAGAAAGUGACUGGGAUUCUGACAUGGAACUUGGUGGAUGGAUUAUCUCAAAUAAGGCUAUUACACCUGAUUCUGAUCCACCAUUCCAUCAAUAUACUAAAAAGAGUAGAAAACACCAGAACAAACAGAAUUUUUCAAUGAACUAUGAUAAAUAUUGGCAUAGAGAAAAAUUGGAAAAAAAGAGAGUAAAUAGAAAAAAAUUCUAUUGUAAGGAAAACCAUUAUGUAGCCAAUAAUUUACAUUUCAAUAAUUACAACAGAACACCAAUAGACAGAAAGAAAAAUGAAGAAAUUGAAGGAUUAAUUGCGGCAGCUAUUAUUCAAUCUGAGUUAAGAACCUCAACUGUAUCACCUUCUCAACUAACCAAAAAUAAGAAGCAACGAUUGGGAGAAACAUCCAGUUUUAUUAUCUUAAAUCAUUGUGAUUACAAAAAUCUUAGAAGAAUUGAAGAAGUUACAUUUUUACUAGUUUUUAGUAUAUUAAAUGGUGUUUUAAAUUUUGAAAAAUGUAUUAUGCAAGCUUCCAAAAACAUCAGCGCAAAUGUUAGAAUAGCCACAGAAAAUAGGCAAGCUUACACAAUCCAUAAUAUUAGUGAUAUAAUUAAUAGCAGUCCCUGCCACUUACAUCGACUUUUUACAAAAUUUACUGGAAUCACAUUGAAGGAUUAUGAAAAUCUUUGUUUAGAAUUUUUAAAUACUAAUCAUAACCAUUUCAAAUUACUAGGUGAUAAUAUUAAUUUGUGGGUUAAAGAAUUUAAAGGUUCACUGAAUUUUGAUCUGAUAUUUUCAACUUUUAUUAGCAGAAAAUACAAUUACACAAAAUUUUUGAGUGAUGAUCCUCAAAAAAAAUUUAAUUCCUGGUCUUUAUAUUUAUUAUUACCGGGAACUGAAGAAGCAAUAUUUAGAAACAAAGUUCUUUUAAAUCCUCCACUGUUACCAAGUAGUAGGAUUAACCAUAAACAAAGAAGACUACGAGAAAAAAAAGGUGGUAACAGUGGGCCCAAUCAAUUCCGAAUCUCAGUUGGUCCCUUGAGGAAAAAGAUAAGAGCAGAAAUCUUGGACACACUUUUUGUAAUAGACACUUCAACUUCGUGCAACACUAGAUUCCAAUUCAACAUAGAAAAACUAUUUUCUAAUUGUUAA